GAAGGGGUGGGCGCGCGGGCCGGCUCAGUCAGCCGCUCCUCUCCUCCUCCUCCUGGCUGGGGGAUUGGCCAGCCGAGGAGGCUCCCCGAGGGCCAGGCCUGCCCGCCCGCCCCUGGCACGCCCCUCUCUGGUGCCCGCGCCCGGCAGCAGCCCCAGCCCGAGAAGCAGCGCGCUGCGCUCUGCAGCCUGCCCCUCGGCCAAGGAGAGCGAGGCGGGCGCGCCUUCUGCGCGCAUCUCUGCUGCUGCUGCCGCCGCCGCCGCCUGAUGGGAGCCAUGCGGGGCGCCGCCGCCGCCCCCGGUGCCUGGCAGGGCCCCCCGCAGGCCGGGGCCGUCCCGUAGGGCAGCCCCCGCCCCCCAUGAGCAGCCCAGAGGCCGCCGCGGAGCAGGAGGAGGGCGCCGAGCAGAAGCUGGAGGCGGUGGUGCAGAAACUGGAGCGCAGCGUCCUGAUCUCGGCGGAAGGGAAGAGCCUUUCUCUCAGGGGCUGCUGCUGCGGGGACUCGCCACCCACCCGCUUGCCGGCCCGAAUCCGAGAGAUCGUCACCAAGAACCUGUCGGAGAGCGAUAGAGAAGCCUCCUUCCACGCCGAGAUGUCCUCCCUGCUGUCCCUGCAGGAGGAGAACCGCAUCCUGCAACAGGAGCUCUCCCGGGUGGAGGAUCUGCUGGCCCAGAGCCGGGCCGAGCGCGAUGAACUGGCCAUCAAGUACAACGCCAUCAGCGAAAGGCUGGAGCAGGCCCUGCGCCUGGAGACGGGCGAGCGGGAGAGGGAGUCCCUGGAGAACAAGAGCCUCGCCCAGCAGAACAUCGAGCUGCGCCGGCGCCUGGACGAGGAGCAAGCGGCCUACAAGCGCAAGCUCCAGGCCUACCAGGAGGGGCAGCAGCGGCAGGCCCAGCUGGUGCAGAAGUUGCAGGCCAAGGUCCUCCAGUAUAAAAAGAAAUGUAGUGAGCAGGAGCAGCUGCUGUUGGAGAAAUCGGCAGAGUUGGAGCAGCAGAGCCUGGUGAGCCGCCUGGACCUCACGGAGUCGCGCCUGCGUCACGACGAGGAGCACAGCAACGACCUGGAGACGGCACUCAUCCGGCUGGAGGAGGAGCAGCAGAGGAGCUCCAGCCUUGCCCAGGUCAACGCCAUGCUGAGGGAGCAGCUGGACCAAGCCAACACCGCCAACCAGGCCUUAAGUGAAGACAUCCGGAAACUGACGACAGACUGGACGAAAGCCCGGGAGGAGCUGGAGCAGCGGGAAGCGGAGUGGCGGCGCGAGGAAGAGUCGUUCAACACCUAUUUCAGCAACGAGCACAGCCGCCUGCUCACCCUCUGGCGGCAGGUGGUGGGCUUUAGGAGACACUUCAGCGAAAUGAAGACCAUGACCGAGAGGGACCUCUCCGAGCUCAACCACGAAGUGUCCCGGUCGACCCGGACGGUGCACGCCGCCUGCUUGAACCUGAGCGGGAACCUGCGCCUGGCGGAGAGCAGUGCCAGCGUGGCCCUGGAGAAGCAGGCGUUGCUGACGGCGCAGCUGGAGGAGCAGCUGAAGGACAAGGUCCGGGACAUGAUCCAGCUGCAAGUCCGGUGCGACACCGAGAAGGCGGAGCUGAUCAGCAGGAUCAACGAGGUCUCGUCCACGCUGGAGCGCCUGAAAUCCCAGAAUGCAGAGAAAUCCAAGACAAUUGAGACGCUGACCCAGAAGUUAGAGAGUCUGGAAGGAGCUCGUGCUCAGGAACAGGCGGCCGCCGAGGCCGAGGAGAUCGAGACCCUGCGGACGGAGUCCGAAAUGCUGCAGCAGACUUUGCGGGACCUUGCGCAGGCCGUCAUCUCCGACGCGGACAGCGGCAUCCACCUCUCGGCUACCGACCGGGCGACUGACGCCUCGGACAGCGACGCCACCGGCUUCAGCUUGCGGGGCUUGUCCUCCAGCCUCCGGACGUCCUCCCCGCUCCGCCGUUCCUCCCCGCACCGGAGUUCCUCUCCUCGCCGCAGCCUCUCCCCGGUCUUCUCGGACUCCACGUUUGCGGUGGUGCAGUCGGCCUUGCAGAAGCGCCAACUGCAGCUUCAGGACAUCCGUGCGAAACAUGAAGCCUCGCAGGACCUGGUGUCUUCCUUGAAGAGGCAGCUGGCGGAAAGCGGGAACGAACGGCAUUCCCUCGAGCAGAAGAUCCAGCAGCUGAAGGACGACGUCGACAGCUUGACACAGGCCCAGGAGGACGCCGCCCGUGAUGCCAGCCGGUUCCGGGCAUCCGUGGAGCUUCUGAGCAGUGAGAAGACUCACCUGGAAAAGAGCUUGCAAGUCGCGCAGGAGAAGUUGGAAGCCCUGAGGCAAGAGAACGGGAAGUUGCAGCUGGCCAACUGUGACCUCCACCGCCAGCGUGACAGUCUGGAGGAGGAGAAAGAAGACAUCAGCAAGGACCAGGAGCGGGCCCAGAAGGAAAUUGAGCGGCGGCACAAACAGCUGGAACAGCUGGAACAGAAGAAGUCCUCCCUGAAGAAGGAGCACGUGCUGAUGAAGGAGGCCCUGAGCAAGGCCGUCCUGGAGAAGGAGGUCUCUGAGAACGAGAAGGCCGAGGUCGCCGAAGCCCUUACUAAGGCUGAGCUGAGCCGGGCAGAGCUGGAGUUAGCCCUGAACAGGCUGAAGGCCGAGGAGGCCGCCUUGCGCGACUCCCUCUCCAAGAUGAGCGCCCUCAACGAGGGGCUGGCGCAGGAUAAAACCGAGCUCAACCGAAUCAUCAUCCAGCUGGAAGAGGAGAAGGCCUCCCUCCUGAGGAAGAAGCAGGAAGUGGAGCAGGAGAAGGCCACGAUCCGGGACGAGCUGGUGCGGCUGGAGCAAGAGAAGCUGGACCUGGAGGCGGAGCGGCAGGGUCUGGGGCAAUCUCUGCAGGCGUCAGAGCAGAGCCGGGAGAUUCUGGAGCGGGAGGUGCUGGCGCUGCAGAAGGACAGGGGCCAGAUCCAGGAGCAGCUGGGGCAGUUGUCCCGCCAGAGGCACGCAGCCGGUGAGGAGCUGGCGCAGGCGCUCAGGGAUCUGGAGCGCCACGGCGAGGCCUCGCUCCGGGCUGGCAAGGAGAAGGAGGCGCUGAUGAAGGAGAAGGCCAGCUUGGUGGUGCAGCUGGCCGCCUCGGAGCGCGAGAAUCGGGGGGUGGCGGAGGAGAUGGCGGGCCUCAGGUCCGAAAAGGACGCCCUGGAGACGACCCUCUUUGACAUCCAGCAACAUCUGGCUCAGCUGGAAGCCCGGAAGGAGCAGCUGGAGUCGGAGAGCCAGAACUUGCUCCGGGUCAGGGAAAGCUUGCAAGUGGAGCUUGCAGGCACCCACAAGCAGAUGGAGGCCGAGGUGAGCCGGCUGGAGAGAGAGCAGGAGCUCUUGGCCCAGCAGCUCAGCCAGACGGAGCAAGACGGGCAGGCGGCUCUGAAGAAGGCCCAGGCCGCUCACGAGGAGGACGUGGACCGUCUCCAGAGGGAGAAGGAGACCUUGAGGCUGGAGCUGGACGCGGAGCACGAGGAGGUCCUGCAGCGCCUGAGCCAGGAGCGGGAGGAGCUGCUGGCCCGCUGCGAGGCGGAGAAGGAGGAGCUGAGCGAAGAGGUCACGGCCCUCCAGCAGGAGCGGGACGAGAGCCUGCUGCUGGCCGAGAACGAAAAGCAGCAGGCGCUGUCCCUCAAGGAAUCGGAGAAGACGGUCCUCCUGGAGAAACUGUCGGGUACCCAGCAGAGCCUGAGCAGCGUCACCCUGGAGAUGGAGAGGCAGAAGCGAGACGCCCAGACCCGCCAAGAGCAGGAGCGGAGCACCAUCAACGCCUUGAACUCGGAGCUGCGGAACCUGCGGGCUCAGUUCGAAGAGGCCAUCGCGGGCCACGAGCGGGAGGCGAAGGCCCUUCACGAGCAGGCCCGGGACCUGACCCAGCAGCGGGAGUCCGCCCUCCGAGAGGUGGAGGAGCUGAAGACGCAGCUGCGCAUGCUGGAGAACGCGCGCGACCUGAUCCGCCAGGACCUGCUGGAGGCCCACCGCCGGCUGCGGGAAGCCCAGGAGGCCCACGACCUCCAGCACAAGGAGACGGCGGACCUGCGGAGGAGCCUGAGCGAUGAGGCCAAAGAGAAGGAGGCCCUGCAGAGGUCCAACGCGGAGCUGCGCGCCACCGUGAAGCGGACCGAGAGCGAGCGCAUCAGUUUGAAGCGUGCCAAUGAGGAGAAGGAACAGAAGAUUUCCAUCCUGGAGGAGGCCCGGGCGGCCGCGGGCAAGGAAGCCGUGGAUCUGCGCAUCAACCUCCAGGAGGUGGAGCGCUCUCGGCUGGAGGCUCGCCGAGAACUUCAGGAGCUGCGGCGACAGGUCAAGAUGCUGGACAGCGAGAACCUCAAGAAGAGCAAGGAGGCGGCCGAACUGCAGGCCAGGGUCGCUCUGGACGAGCAGCGGGAGGAGGAGAGCCGGCGGGAGUCCUUCGGCCUCAAGCAGAAGAUCGUGGAGAGCGAAGCCAGCAGGGAGGCGGCCAGGAAGGAGCUGCACAAUUUGCACCGGAAGCUGUCGGACCUGGAGAGCGGAUUCCUCCUGAAGGAGAAGGACUGGCUGGGCAGCCUGGAGGAGGCCCGCGCCAACGAGAAGAAGCUCCUGGACAACGCCCACAACCUGCAGCUCAAGCUGGAGGCCGCCCAGGCCGAGGCGGGCGAGCUGGGUCUGCGGCUGAGCGCAGCCGAGGGGCGCAUCCAGGGCUUGGAGGCCGAGCUGGGCCGCGUGGAGGGCCUGAAGCGCGAGGUGGAGUUCAAGCUGGGUGGCCUCCAUUCCGCCCUCCGGCGCACCAUGGGCAUUGGACACGGCGGCCAGGCGCCCAGCCCGGCGACCAGGGGCCGCGGGAGCUCCCCCAAAAGGCUCUUCUCCCCUCCCAAAGGCGAGGCUGCCACGGAUGGCCGCAGCAGCCCCACGCCACGGGUGGGCAGCCCGAGCUCCCGCCCCCUGUCGCCGGAACGCAGCCUCUCUCCCAGCCGCGGCGAGCAGCUGGUGGCGGACAUCGACCCGGAGGUGGUCCGGGCGGCGCUUCGGGACUUCCUGCAAGAACUGAGGGAGACGCAGCGAGAGCGGGACGAAGCCCGUUCUCAGCUGGGCACCUUGAACCGCCAGCUGGCGGAAAUGGAGGCGGAGAGGGAUGUUGCCAGCGCCCGGGUUCAGCAGCUGCAGAAGCAAGUGGCUGAGCGUGAUGAAGGGAGGCGCAGCCUGGACGGGAAGCUGAGCGGCGCCCAGACGGCCCUGAUGCUGCAAGAGGAGACCCUGCGCCGGAUCGAGCGGGAGCGGAAGGCUUUGGCGGACAAGCUGGCCACGCUGGAGCGCAGCCUGCAGGCGGCGGAGAACGAGAGGAGGGCCACCCAGGACAAGAUCAGCAAAGUGAAGGCCAACGAGAGCAAGCUGGAGUCCGACAAGCGCCGCCUGAAGGACGUCCUGGACGCCUCGGAAAGCCGAAGCACCAAGCUGGAGCUCUUGAGGCGCUCGCUGGAGGGGGAGCUGCAACGGGCCCGGCUGGUGCUGGGCGACCGCGAGGCGGAGAUCCAGGGGCUCCAUGACCGCAUCGACGCCCUGCAGAGACAGGUGACGGAGAGCGAGACGAAGGCCAGCGGGCUGCAGCUGUCUCUGGACCGCCUGACCCUCUCGCUGGCGAAGGCCACCGAGGCGGAGGCCUCCCUGAAGGAGAAGGUGCAGGGCCUCUCCGGCUCCCUCUCGGACAGCACCGCCAGCUCCACCGCGGCCCAGGAGAAGGCGCUGCAGCUGCAGAAGGCCCUGACGGCCAGCGAGCACGACCGGAGGGUGCUGCAGGUGCGGGGGAGAGCAGGACGCAAGCCGCCGGGCUGUCUGUCUCCGGCCAGGGUUCGCCCCCCAGAGCGGCUGGAUGCGGCCCGCCAGGCGGUCUCGGAGGCCAAGAAGCAGAACGGGGUGCUGACUGAGCGCCUCCAAGCGCUGAAGAGCCAACAGGCUGAGGGGGAGCUGCAGAAAGAUGAACUGGAGGCCAUUGUCCGACAGCAGGAAGAGAUGCUGCGCCAACGCCAGGAAGGCGAGACGGUGGCCCUGCGGAGCCUUCAGAAGCUGCAAGAGGACAAACGCCUCCUCCAGGAGCGCCUCGGCAGCCUGCAGAGAGCGCUGGCCCAGUUGGAGAGCGAGAAGCGGGAGGCCGAGCGCUCCUCCCUGCGCCUGGAGAAGGACAGGAACGCCCUCAAGAAGACCCUCGACAAGGUGGAGCGCGAGAAGCUGAAAACGCACGAGGAUUCGGUGCGGCUGUCGGCGGAGAAGGGGCGCCUGGACCGAUCCCUCACUGGCGUGGAGCAGGAGCUGACGGACGCGCAGCAGCAGAUCCGGCUGCUUGAGGCUCAAGUCGCCGAGAUGGAGCAGGCCCAGGCCCAGAAUCUGGCGGACUCCUCAGCCCACCACCGCCAGGACCUGCAGCUGGAGGUGGAGCGCCUGCGUAGCUCCCAGCUCCAGGUGGAGCGCACGCUGGACGCCAGGGAACGGGCCCACCGGCAGCGGGUCAAAGGCCUGGAGGGACAGAUCCUCACGCUCAAGGAGCAGCUGCAGCAGGAACUACGGAAGGGCCAGACGCUCUUCACCUCGUCAUCCAUCCUCUCAGGCAACUAGGGAGGGCUUUGUGGCUGUGGACCCCUCCCUCCAUGGCGGCCUCCUCCAAGCACUAUGGUUUCCAGAACACACGGGGGCCCUCCGGCUUUGCUUUCCAUGGCCCUGUUUCCAGCGAGGGAGUGGAGAAGCAGGGUCCCCUAAAACCCCGGGUGAAGAUUAACCCUGGCUGCGAUCCCGUGCCAAGUUCGCCAUGAAUUUGCCAACGUGCUUCUGGGUUCGUGAUGUAAAAAUAUGCCUAGAAAGGUUGGAGGGGGAAGGGGAGAGAGGGCCAUGGUGGCAGGGUGUGGUGUUUGUGUUUAGCUGAUCUGUUGGACAACCAGUGACAAACUGGUGUUGUCUGUUUGCCAUCACACACUUUAGAAAGAAAAUGCAGUGUUGGUGUGCCCAUCCCUUUGGCUGUCACUGUGGAAAGAUGAGUCUACCAGAUUAAUUUAUAUUCGAGUUUUCCUCCCUGCACCGUCCCCUAAUUUCUAGGACCAUGGUGGUGAGCACCAAGACAAAAAACCCCAAAUGUUCAGGGGUAGACUCCUAUCUGUUUGAACGCGCGGGCCUCCAUCACCCAAAUCCAGCACCCUUCCCCAAAAUAAGACCCAGUUUGCAGAUGCACCCCAAAGCUACAUGGCAACAGGAAGGAAAGGGUGUUCCUUUGACAUCCCCUUUCCCUGCCUCUUAAGACCCAAGGAGUAGCCCCCUCCCCAACAAAGCAACCCAUACUUUUAUAUGGAGCUCUUUCCCUAUUAAAACCCACUGCAAAAAACCACUAGCAGGGCAAGAAUGUAAGCUGGGGAAAGACUGGAGGAGCAGAGGCCCAUGUUUUCCAUUUGAGACGUUGGGAAACCACGUCUCGUGACAUUCUUCCGUUCAUGAAAGUGACCAAGAUUCUUUUUUAACAUACUUUGUCUAUUUCGCUCUCUCUCUUGUUUUUUGGUUCUUCCUGUAACACAUUAAUCAAGACAUGUAGAAAGUUUCUAUUUUUUAUAACAGUGCUGGUAUUAUAUUAUUAUUAUUGUGAAUAUAUUUGGACUUUGCUCUAUGCUCCCCUCACAUUUGGAAGAGGGUCGCUGGAGGCAGCUCAGAUUAAAUGUCUGUUUUAGCACCCA